CAUCGCGGCCAUCAUGGCGCGCGACUCGAGGCAACAGCAACACCAACAACAACCCCAACAACUCUCGCCCCAUCACUCACAAACCUCGCCGUCUCAGCAGCAGCAGCAGCAGCAGCAACAACAGCAGCAACAACAGCAACAACAAUCCCAUCAUCAUCGUCAGUUACAGCAACAGGCCGUCGGCGGUGGAAAAUUGCAGAGAGGGAACCGAGCGUUUCUGGCGUGGUCCGUGGUGGCGCUGCAGCUCCUCCCACGCCGAUCCAGGAGGCGAUCCUGGCGGAAGACGAUCCGGAAACGGACGACGCCGGAAGUAGCAGCGGCAAAGUAGCUUCCCCCGUCAAUCCUCUCCUCCAGGAACGGUCCAACUGCGAAGAGCUCAGACACGUGGCGUGUCAUCUCGAGACGAAAGACUUGUGGGACAAAUUUAACGAGUUGGGCACCGAGAUGAUCAUCACGAAAACUGGCAGAAGGAUGUUCCCGACCUGCAGAGUGUCGUUCAACGGAUUGAAGCCGGACAGUCGAUACGCGGUGUUGAUGGACAUCGUCCCCGUGGAUAACAAGAGGUAUCGAUACGCGUAUCACCGAAGCUCCUGGCUGGUAGCGGGUAAGGCCGAUCCACCGGCACCGGCCCGCCUCUACGUUCAUCCCGAUUCCCCGUUCACGGGGGAACAGCUUCGAAAACAGGUGGUCUCGUUCGAGAAGGUCAAGUUGACCAACAACGACAUGGACAGGCACGGGCACUUGGUGUUGAACUCGAUGCACAAGUAUCAGCCGAGGAUCCACCUGGUGAAACGACCGGACUCGGGCACGGCCAAACCUAUAACGGACCUCGAGAAGGAACCUCACAAGACCUUCAUAUUCCCAGAGGCGAUAUUCACCGCUGUCACCGCCUAUCAGAAUCAACUCGUAAGCGUCUCUUCUUCUCUUCUUUUUUCUUCAUUCUCUUCUUUCGUUAUUCCCCCGAUAAUUUCCAACGCGCAACGUUCCUUUGGAUUCCUCCUUCAUCUCCUCCUCCUCCUCCUCCUCCUCCUCCUCCUCGGUGGAGGAGCGCACGCGCGCGCAAUCGUAUUUUACGAUAGUCGUUUAGCAGCGACCGCCCGGUGUGUGGUCUCGGUACUCGCGCGGUCGUUCGCAUUCCACGGGCGUCGCGAUGCCCCGACAUUUUCCACUUUGGUGUCUCCGUUUCGAAAAAGGCAAAAAAAAGGAAGGGAGAAAGAGAGAGAGAGAGAGAGAGAAUCGUUUCAACGAUGAUGAGGUGCGAAGAGAUGGUCCGUGGCAAUUAUCUCUUUGUCCUCUCGUCGCGAUAGAAAAUAAUAAUACGAGGCGACGACGAUGGUGGUGUGGUGACGGUAGUGGUGGUAGUGGUGGUGGUGGUCGAUCGUCGAAGCGAGAGGUGAAAUUCAUUCGUCCCGGUUGGCGAGCGGUCGGUAGCGGUUCGUCGUUGUCGCGUUGUCCUCUCUUUCUCUCUCUCUCUCUCUCUCUGUCUUUCGUCUUAUUCUUCGCUCGCGUCUCUCAGCGGUGGGGUAGCAGCAGGCUCGUUUAGCAGGGACCAAAGUUUUUUUCCCCCUACCAAGCCACUUCCCGUGUACGGAACGGGACGAAGACGACGACGACGACGACGUAUCAUCGUUGCGGACGGUUUUUGUCCUCUCGCCGGCUCCCCCUCCUCCCUUCGCCUCGUACCAUCGUAACGACCUCCUAACACCGUCUCGAUUCCUCUUUCUCGCUCGCACGCGUCAUA